AAAUUCUGUUCUGUUUCUAAUAGAAACUUUUUGCAAUACAUAAUUCCAUGGUCCCUGUGAAAAAACUGCAUUGGUAUGUUUUUUUUUUUUCGUACUCACCAAGAUAAAGAUAGUUUGUUGCAACACUGGCUUACGCAAACAUCCAAAAAUGCACAAAUAUCCACAUUUUGCACCUACCUUGUGACCUUUACACAUCUAGGAUCUAGGCUCUCUUGAACUGAGGUAGAAGAAAAAAUGCUUCUGCAUUUGGUUAGAUGUUAGAUUAUGAGUACACAAUGCAUGCAUGUGCAAUCUUGAUUGCCUGAAUGCUUACGUCGCUAGCAGUAUGCGUGUGCAUUUUAGCUAAGCUUAGCUUGUCAGUGAAAUUUACAAGAUAACGAAUGAAAAGAUAGCCAGGAUUUGAUUGAUCCAGUCAAAGGGUGCUCCUACUUGCAUGACUAUACUACUGCCCCCCUCCCCUUCGCUCUGCGUUACUCACUCUUUCACGCUAUACUAUAGAAAGAAUAAAGCAUCUUCUCCAGACUCCAUGUAUUUUUCAAAUGCUAAACAUUCCUGCACAAUUAAUGCACAUUGUACUAUUAAUGAAGGUUAGUACUCCAGAAUGAUCAUUGAUACUCUGAGUUUGCUUAGUCAACUAUCUAGCACUGCAAGAGAAAUUGAUGAAUUAUGUUGAAUAAUCAAAAGUGAUGUUUACAACCUUUGUGAUGCCACCGCCCAACAGGUGGCCGCAGAUAACAGCAGUGCAAAUAUGCAGCGCCUCUGAAGCUGCAGUAACACACGCACAGACAAAGGGAGGUUUGGUGGAUGAAUAAAUUAAUCUGGCCUAAUGCCCUAUUAAUGAGUGUCUGAGUGAGGCAUAUUAGCCUUAUCCUGUGGCACGUGAUGUUGGCAAACUAUGCCAUGGUGCUCCUGAAAGAAUACUAAGUAUAACAAAUAGGAUCACAUGCUGCGUCCGGCAAGAAUUACAUUAUUAUUCAUCGAGGAAGUGGCAAUGGCAUGACUUUAUUUUAUUCCUCUUCCUUCAAUGGCGAUGGCCUAUGAGUUUGCCUGGGAGGCAGUCUGAGUUGCAUUCAGAAUAUAGAGGACAUCAAAACUUGUCAAUAUCCACGUCUUAUUCCUAGAAGUGGCACACAAUUGAAUGUUUACAGUUGGCAAUAUUCAAUGCUAUCAGGGACAUGGUAUUCUGAUGUGUCAAAUUGCUGAACAAAGUCUAUGGUAAAUGUUCAGAUUUGGGAGAAAAUAUCACUCAGUGUUCUUAUCCACUUAAAUGGAAGACUCCAUUUGGCAAAUUAUGAUCUGCAAUCUGGAAGGAUAUUCCCAUUUAUAUAUGUACAAGAAAGCAGAUUUUUCAAGUGCUAACUGCUAAAUUGGUAAUGAUAGGUUAAGACAUUGAUUUGUACUUCAAAUUUUAAUGUACAUGAAUUAAUGGGAUUAUACCCAGUGUGCAUGGCACUAGUAUUGCAUCAUCAAAGGUUAAUCAGUGCAUAGAAUUUUUUUUCAGAAAUAAGGUAUUAGGUGUACCCAUACAGUUGAUGUUUUUCCAUAGUUUGGAACCAACCACCGAUCAAUAACAAAAGGUCUUGCUACUUCUGAGUUGGUGAAGGCUUGUCACCAGUGCCUUUCUUACCUAUGAAAAGAGGAGUGGUGUAAGAUUGCUUCCAACAUAUCUGAGUCUAGGGGACUCUCCAGCUCCAGUGAAGGCCACUACUGUCGUGCCUACACCGGUGCCUCCACCUACAUGCAUGAGCGAAGGAGAAGGCUUGGAGCUUGUGCUUGGAGUGAGAGCUUCUAGCAGAGAUGAACAGGACAGCCAGGCGACAUGCACACAAUCAUCAGAAGAAGCCAUGGAGGGAUCAGUGGAAGAUGAAGCUCGCACUCAUGGCGAGGCUCCUCUUGAGAGCUUGAGCCUCCCUCUGUUUGUAUUCUUUGCAGAGCCUCUGACCGGCAGCGAGAAUUCAGAGCUGUGCACACGUGGUCUUGAUGUGAACACUCGGCCAGCAGAUGGAGGCGCAGCGGAAGUGAGGCCUUCUUCGUCACCACCUUCUAUGCUGGAGGCAUCCACGAGACAGCAGGCAGCUGAUCAGCUGGAAGCUGCAGACGAGGAGAGCGGUGGUGGCGGGGCGAGGAAGAAGCUGAGGCUGUCCAAGGAACAGUCCUCGUUUUUAGAGGAUAGUUUCAGAGAACACAGCACCCUAACUCUGAAACAAAAGAGUGAUCUAGCUAAUCGGCUCAACCUUCGGCCACGCCAAGUGGAGGUCUGGUUCCAAAACAGAAGAGCCAGGACGAAGCUGAAGCAGAUGGAGGUGGACUGCGAGCAGCUGAAGCGUUACUGCGAGAGGCUGACGCAGGAGAACCGGCGGCUGCAGAGGGAGGUGGCGGAGCUGCGUGUUCUCCGCACCACGCCGUCGACGUACCCGCCGCUCUACGGCGGCCUCCAUCACCUACCUGCCGCCGCCGCCGCCGCCGGGUUCCUCCGGCCGUGCUCCUCGUGUGAAAGUCCUAAGGUCGUUUCUGCUGCUGCAGCAGCAGCCGCCGGUUACUCCCCACACGUCGUCGUCGCCGGCGGCGGCAGCGGCGGCGGCACCGCUCCCGGCGCUGCCGACAACGCCGCCGUGUGGUCUCCGGCUGCUGGCUCUCCGGCGGCAUCCGCCGCCUUGUUCGCCAGGCGGCCUCACUUUGGCCCCUUCGCGGCCGUCAUUCCGCCGGUGCUGCGCCGCCAGCCAUCAGCGACGUCGUGAUCGAUGAGCUAGGGAGCCCUUUGCAGUUUCUUGCACUGCAUGCGCAUGCUAAUUAAUUAAAUAUGGGGUGUAUACGUACAUUGUAUUGAUCCUGUGUAAAAUGUUGUCCCUUUUUUUCUUCAUUGUUCAUCAAAACCGUACUGAUGCAUAUAGGAAAAUAUGUAUAUAUAUACUCUUCAGAAAGAAUUAAUCAAAGCCAUAUAUACUCUGUAAAAAAAUGUAAUAUAAGAUUAGACGAGUGAAUCAAUGUACCACUCUCAUACGUACCUAACAAAUGAUGGUGUGAAAACUACUUGGUGUAAAUGUGUAUUAUACUCGUGCUUGUAUCUCUCUCAUACACACCUAACAAAUGAUAUAUAUAUACUCUGUGUUGCG